AUGGAGCAAUGUAGAUUAACAUUCAGAAAGAGCCGCCAAGGCUCUGGAAAAUCCGCCAUGGUCCUGGUAUGCACGCCAUCUUUACGAAAGCUUCUGGUCGGAGGAGGCCGACUGUACGUGGAGUGGGAGGUUUGCCGGGUAGCGGAUUUUACCACUGCCGUAUGCUGUGGCAAGUGCAGCCUAUACGGACAUAAUGAAAAGAGGUACCCGCAGGAUAACGUUAUAUACAGCCGUUGUAGAAAAAUUGGUCACAAGAUGGAGGACUGCAAAGUCGACACAUGUCACCGGCGCAAGGGACUGCCCUGCUCGAGUACAUGCAGAAAGAUGCAUGGUGGGAAGUACUAA